GAGGUGAAGGAAUAGCUGAUAAAUAAAGUGAAUUAAAAUUCAAAAUGAGGCAGUUUCUUCUGGCUUUGUUGAGCCUUCUCCUGGCUGUGGCAGUUGCUGCAGAUGGAAAGAUCUCAUCCACAGAAGCCUCUCCUAAUGAAGCAUCCACAGGCACGUUAGAGCCUUGGCCAGAGUGUGGAUCUGAGGACAUGCUGAGGCAUGAGGAAUUCACUCUUUGGGAUUAUUCUGUGGUGGUUGGGAUGCUUGUGGUAUCCCUGGGAAUUGGGGUUUUUUACGGGUUCUGCGUCAAAGCCAAAAAUGAAUCUUCUGAGGAUUUUUUGCUCGGAUCUGGCAUGGAAUUAUUCCCCGUGACCCUGAGUCUCUGCACCAGUUUUAUCACAGCCAUCGAAUUGCUGGGAAAUCCUGCCGAGAUGUUCUUCAAUGGCACGCAGUACUCCUUAAUUGUCCUAUCCAUGGUUCUAGUAAUCCCAAUGGCUGUAAAAGUCUUCUAUCCCAUUUACUUCAAAAUGCAACUAACCAGCUGCUAUGAGUACUUAGGGAUUCGAUUUGGGAAGCGCUUGAGGAUUUUUGGAGCUAUUCUCUACAUCAUUCAGAUGUCUUUCUACACUUCCGUGGCGGUUCUAGCGCCGGCUAUUGCUCUUUCAAAAGCCACCGGUUUGAAUACUCGCCUUGCCGUUGGUCUCAUCUACCUCGUGUGCGUCUUCUAUGCUUCCCAGGGUGGUAUGAAAGCUGUUGUGAUUGCCGACACAUUCCAGGCAUGUGUCUUGGCAUUGUCUCUGAUCCUCGUCGUGGUCCUUGGAUACUUUUAUUCUGGUUCCUUUAGUGAUGUCUUCCAGGAAGCCUCAACGGGCGGGAGGUUGGAAUUUAGCAAUUUCAGCAUAGAUCCAACAACUAGGCAUAGUGUUUUUAGCGUUGUCAUCGGAGGAUUCUUCUACUGGUCAUCUAUGUUUUGCACAAAUCAAGCUUCUGUCCAGAAAUGCAUGUCAUUGAAGAAGCUCAAGAGGGCAAAGGUUGCCAUAUAUCUGGCUGUAAUUGGACUGAUUGUGGUCUUUGUCAUCAACUUCUACACUGGCUUAAUGGUCUACACCCACUACUCGAAGUGUGAUCCUCUGAGGGCAGGCGAAAUCACAGCAAGGGAUCAGCUUCUGCCCCACUACAUAAUGGACGUGUACAAAGGAGUCAAAUUCAUGAGUGGUAUUUUCGUGGCGGGCAUUUUUGCAGCGAGUCUUGGAACCGUGGCAGCUGCUCUUAGUUCCCUUGCGACUGUUACAUGCGAAGAUAUUCUGGUGGCAGGAAUGAAUGUAAAAAUCAGCGCUGACAAAGGAGCUCUGUAUGCCAAAUGGCUUUCAUUGGGAUUCGGUGUACUUUCAUUCGUGUUGGUGUUUGUUGUUGAAAAAUUGGGUGGAAUACUACAAGCUACACUCACUCUCAAUGGACUUAUUGGUGGUAUCACUUUGGGACUCUUCCUGUUGGGAAUAGUUUUCAAGAGAGCCAAUUGUACGGGUGCCUUCUACGGGGGUCUGCUGUCGCUCCUGGUCAUUCUCUAUGUGGGCAUUAUGGCACAACUGACUAACCAGGAUGUGGAGUCAUUGCCCACAUCCAUAGAAGUAUGCGAGUGUUCUCUCAAUACCACAGCGGACGCACUGUCCAGCAGCAUUGGUGGACAGGAAAUGGACUUGGGAUUUCCACUGUUUCGCAUCAGCUACAUGUGGUAUUCAUUCCUGGGAAUGGCACUGACACUGGUGCUCAGUGUUCUAUUGUCGUGGCUCAGUGAUACUGUGCAGAGAAGGCGCAUCCUCAAAAUCACCAAGUCAUCUCAACUGGCAAAUGACUCGCAUGGCCUCGGAAGCAUAUCCAUUGCUGUCCUCCAUCCACCCACCGUGAUUGAUAGUGGCAAUCAUGAGCCGAUGAAGACAGCCACCCACAGCAAUCCACAAUUCUCUCUGCGAUUGGUAGGCAUUGACAAUAAGGCGCUAAAGUUGGAUGGCGAUGGGUAAAUCCGGUAAAUCAGUGGAAAAUGCCAAGUUUUUCACAUAUCAAUGUCUCUUGCAAAAAAAAAGAGAACUACCAGCCUGAAUUAAAUUCGCAACGUCAUAAAAUAUGAAUGAAGGAGAAAGUUAGUGGAAUGAAGUAGUGCUAUUAAUUUUAAAUUAAGUUUUAAGUCUGAUAACGAGAUAAAGCUUUUAUACUGUGGUUUUUAGUGCAGUUGCGAUAAAGUCGACGAUAUAAGGUGGGAGAAAAAAAAUAUGAAGAGGAAAAUCUAUUUUAUAAAGAUGAUGAUGAGAACAGGUAGAAAAACUUCUAGAGGUAUGUAAAUGCUACUAUUCAUGGUUUUAUCAUACAAAAUUUAAUAUUUUUUCUUAUUUAGUUCCGAACUGCUAGAAUACGUUAUCAAACUCUCUUAGGUUUGAGAAAAUCUUGCAGUUUUCUAACAGUUUAAGGAUCCUUCAAUGUCGGUCAUUGUUAAAUGAUUUCUUUAAAAAGAAUUCUAGCAGUUUUGAUUAUUUCGGAUCUAUUUUGAUCGAUAAUUACAAAAUAAAUGACAAAAUUUUAUAAAUUUGUGUCAAACUGUUAAGACUUAAUUUGUCAUUUAAAUUACCUAUUUCCCUAUCUUCUUACAGUUUCUAUCUUCUUGCAGUAUUUUUCUAAAAUCCUGCAAUUUCCCAACAGUUUUUAA